CGGAUAGGUUAGCAAUAAGUUUCGAGGCUAAGUCGGAGCUGAUCCGGUUAUACGAUUCAUCUGGAGAAGCUAUAGACUUAACUAACCCCGAAAUUCACUCUUGAGUUUAAUGUUACAAUCGUUUCCCUGUCUCUCAAGUAGCUAUUAGACCGUUUAUGCGUAGAGAUCCCUUGGUUGACCUCACCUUAGUGUAUGCAACUCAUAUUAGCCAAGUAUAGUUCGGACAUGUUUAACGUAUGUUCGCUGUUAAUAAAUCAAGUAGAUAAGUAUGGUCUUUCCAUCGGUAGAAUCAGUAUCAAAAAGCCCAGCAUUCCCGACGGCAAUAUGGAGACUUCAGCCGCAUCAGUACGGCCUCUUUCCUGUCGCUGCUGAGAGAGGGGGCCCCCUGAAUAUUAGCUGGGAGAUCCAUGGCGAAGGGCCUAUCAAUCUUAUUCUCAUCGGUGGCAUUGGUCUGGCAAAGGCGGAUUGGCAGCAGCAAACCUUGUACUUCGGUCACGAACGUGGAGACAGGUACUCCGUGCUCGUCUUUGAUAAUCGCGGUGCGGGCGAGUCAGACAAACCGGUGAUGCGGUAUAGUACGUCGGAGAUGGCGCGUGAUUUGCUUGAGGUCCUGGAUCAUCUCGGUUGGACAGCAGAUCGUCAACUUCAUAUCUCGGGUGGUAGUAUGGGCGGCAUGAUCGCGCAGGAGGUUGCAGUCCUAGCACCAGAGCGCAUUGCUAGUCUGAACCUGCAUUGUACCGCGGCCAAGUUAGAGAACAAUGGCACAUUUAUGGAGAGUAUGGGCCGCCUUGGUGCUUUGUUGCCUAGAAGCCUCGACAGUGAGAUCCGCUCCACGGCAAAUGGCUGUUUCCCAGAGGAGUGGCUCAUAGCCCCGGAUCAGACAGAGCUGCCUAGCGAGAAAACACCAAAGUGCGAAGUACCUGUUGGCGGGUACGGGAAGUUCGACAGCAACUACGAGCGAUUUGCAGCGCAAGAGAUACAUAUGCGGCGGAACAAGAACGGGUUUCUAUUGCAAGCGGUCGCUGGCGGAUUCCACCGAAAGAGCCCUGAACAGCUGAGAGACCUGGCGGACCGGGUAUCUAGGGAAAGGAUCAUGGUCUUGCAUGGAACUGUAGAUAGGAUGAUUCCGGUGGACUAUGGUAGGAAGUUGAUCGAGUAUCUGAACCCUGGGAAGGCUUUGAUCGUUGAAGGGCUGGGACACGCACCGAUUCAACAAAUGACAAAAUGGUUUAACGAGUUGCUAGAAGAGAGGUGUGCCCUUGGCGAAAAGUUGAGUGGGAGAUAAGCUGGAUUCUGCCUUGGUAAAAUAGGGGGAAACAUAUUAAUGAGCACAACCUACAAUGGGAAUAUUCUCAGCUCAUCUUGAACGCUAUGUGCUCUUAAUACACAAAUCCUAUCACUUCUAGCG